AUGCUGCGCAUUGCCGUUGUCUUGCGAUCAUUAUUCAUGCGCCGAGAAGGUUACUGCAUGCUGAUUUGCAGAAGACAACUGCAAUCCUCGGCCGGUCAACUCACUGCAACUUUGCGUCGUUGUCACAACGCAUCCGAUGUCAUCGACCUCGUAAAUACAGCAAUCGAAAAGCAGAUGAUGGACGGUGUAUUGUGGGCAGCUGCAAUUCAGCGCUUGAGCCUCCUCGAGAUGCGAGGAAAGCCCAGCCGCGAAGGCUGGGCAUUGCUCCUUGGCAUGACUGACUCGCACCUCCAAGACCUCGGAUAUAGGGAGCUGGCAGUUGUUGCCGUCGCCAUCUCGAAGUUAAAGAAAGAUCCGGGUGGGAGGAGCCAUUUCUUGCAUGCAGUUUUUCGGACCGCUUUGCUCAUGAACGCAAGGGACCAGAGCAUGUCUGUUCGUCACCUUGCAAACCUGGCUUGGUCUGCUGCCGCUGCGAAGGUGCAGGCUCGCAGGCUCUUUGAAGUCACAGCCGACGAAGCGCCGUCGGGGCGGGAGCAGAGUCGGUGCUUAAACCCUCGGGACAUCUCACAGCUAUUGUGGGCAUUUGCGCGCUCUUCGCACUUUCAGCUUGGUGUGGAAGUCUUGGAAAACCUGGCCAGUUACCACGCUACUCCGCACAUGCUCCCCACAUUUGGUGACCAUGACAUAGCCGCGACGGUAUGGGCUGGAGCAACUUUGGCAACUCACUUGAUGCCCAGGGAAAAGGGAAGGCUCUUUCUGAAGAGCAUUGCAGCUCAUGCAGCCGAGCGGUCCUCGGAGUUUUCUCCGCAGGGUUUGUCCAUGCUGUUCUGGGGAACAGCAACUCUGGCCUCGAAGGGAAUUGACAUGCCGAGCACUGCACUCACAGCAGCGUGCGCUCCCCACGUGCUUAGUAAUGCCAGAAGGCUUACACCGCAGGGUGCGGCAAACAUCCUUUGGUCGUUGUCCACUCUGGCAAAGAUAAAUCAAGAUGUCGCAGCGAAGAGCAUCGAAGAGCUCAGUGACGUCGGGUCAGUGUCAUCAUCUCCGAAUGCAGGGCUGCAAGAGAACAAUGCCGUCAUCGAGGCCCUGCUGGAGGAGAUCGUCAGAAAGCUUUCGAGUUGCAACGGGCAGGAUAUCGCCAAUUCGCUUUGGGCUGUCGCAAACAUUGGAUACCUGGGACCGUCUGCAAUCUCGCUCUUUGACCGGAUCGCAGAAGAUCCCGAUGCGAUUCCCGUGCACCUCUUUUCUGCACAGGAGUGUGCGAACUCCUUGUGGGCGAUUGCGAGAAGUCGCUGGACUGGGGAUCCGCAGAGGUUUGUUUGCAGAGUUUGUGCUAGAAUAUCAUCUUUCGCUCGACUGGACGAGCAAAGUUUGUCUAUCACGGUAUGGGCACUGGCAGUGUUGGGUCACAGGCACGCUGCUUUGCCUUUGCUGGGCAAUUCAGGGUUGAACUUGAAGAACUUGCAUUCUUUCCCGAACGCGAGCCUUUGCCUGCUCAUCUGGACAUGUGGUAUGCUUGGUGCACGGGAAAGCCCGUUCCCAGCAUUGGUUGUUGCCUUACGUUGCCGAUCAAGAGAAUUGACGCCAAGUCAAUUGUCAGUGGUUGCGAGAACCCUUGCAGGACUGUGGCCGAGAUUUUCAGAUCUCAAAACAGAAUUGGAAUACUUGUGUUCAAGCAUAUGUUUAUCAUGUUCUUCGUUCUGUAAUCUUCUCAAAAUAUAA